AUGAAGAUCGUGCUGUUUUCGUUGCUGGUUUGUGAUGUAGUUUGCAGCCCAGCUCCGUCGUCUAACACCGGAAUGGUCGCAAAUGCUGUCCUGGAGGAUCCGGAGUUCACCGAUGUUAUAGAAAACAUUACUGUGCCGGCGGGGCGCAACGUUAAGCUCGCCUGUUCAGUCAAAAACCUCGGCUCGUAUAAGGUUGCCUGGAUGCACUUCGAGCAGUCGGCCAUCCUGACGGUCCACAAUCAUGUCAUCACGCGGAACCCGCGGAUCAGCGUGACGCACGAUAAGCACGACAAGCAUAAAACGUGGUUCUUACACAUCACGAACGUGCAGGAAGAGGACAAAGGACGCUACAUGUGUCAAAUUAACACCGUGACCGCCAAAACGCAGUUCGGGUACCUGCACGUAGUCGUGCCACCCAAUAUUGAUGACUCCGUGUCGUCGAGUGACGUGAUCGUCCGGGAAGGUGCCAACGUGACGUUGCGCUGCAAAGCGACCGGAAGUCCUCCACCGUCGAUAAAGUGGAAGCGCGACGAUAACACGAAAAUUGCCAUCACUCGGAAUAACAGUGUAGUCCUCGAAUGGGAAGGCGAUGCCCUGACACUGUCGCGAGUGUCGCGCUACGAUAUGGGCGCCUACUUGUGCAUAGCAACGAACGGAGUACCGCCGAGUGUCUCGAAGCGCAUUAAAGUCAGUGUUGAUUUUCCACCGAUGCUCUGGACCCCGCAUCAGCUGGUCGGCGUCCCGGUCGGCUUCAAUACGACCAUCGAAUGUAACAUAGAAGCCCAUCCUACCUCACUCAACUACUGGACGCGGGAGAACGAUCAGAUGAUACACGAUUCGCAAAAGUAUAAAACCGAAACAAUUCCCGGGAACCCUUCGUAUAAAGCCGUCAUGCGAUUGCAUAUAGCCGACGUGCAGCACAGCGACUACGGUGUCUACAAGUGCAUCGCUAAGAAUCCUCGCGGCGAAACCGACGGCAGCAUCCGGCUGUACUCAUCCAGUCCACCUACCACGAUACCACCUUCGACAACGGAGAGCAUAACGACGACUGUGACCGCUACUCGCGUAUACGAAACACCGUUUGGUUUGUCAACGAUGACGGUGAACCUGUUUGACAAAGGCACUCAAUAUCAGUCCGACGUGAACAAGUUAAACCGCUCGGAGCAGAAGUCGAGGGGCGCGAAGCCCGACCGGGACCGGUCGGUGGACGAAACGGCCGAUGCCAGUGGUGGAUCACCAACAGCCACUGUUCGGUGGAUACCACUAGUUUGCACACUAGUUGCCGCGGUGCUGAUCCCGCUGCUCCAGUGACGGUGACUCCAACCAUUCAGUUCCGUUAGGGGAUGCGUCAUGC